AUGACAUACGAUCAUAUAAGUCCAAAUAAUAGUGAAGUUACAGCUUUACAAAAUAUUUCAAGUAUUUCUGAAGAAGAAUAUUCCGAUCAAGUAGAAUCAUCGUCGAUACAAGAAAAAAAAAGAAAACAUGCUGGGGGAAAAAAGAUGAUAAAGUAUGGAAUGAUGUUAUUAAAGCUUUUAGAAAAUCGUACUGAAAUUAUUUCAAAUAAUAACGUGUUUGAUUUACUUCAAAAUGAAGAGUUUUUUUCAAAGUGUUGUCAAAUAGCAUCUAUCCUUAAACUAGUAAAGGAAUUAACAAAUAUUCUUGAAGCCCGCAAUGCAAGUUUAGCAGAAUGUUUUAUUGAUUCAGAAAUCGAUGAUAAUGAUAAUGAUAACCAUUCGUUGACUGAUAAUUUAAAUCUUAGUCAACUCGUUGAUUUAACUUUACCUGAAUUUUUAUCAACUAAUAAUGCUUUAUUUGAAUCUGCUAUUAAUAGAUUAUCUUCUUACGAAAGGGCUUAUAAUUUAGAAAAUAGAGACUAUGAUCCAAUUCGGUUAGCACAGCAAAUAAUGAAUGAAGAAAGUAAUAAUUUGUAA